CUUUUCUUCUCUUCUUCCUCCGUUCGGCGGUGCAGCGUCCGCUAGCAGGAUGACGACCAGCCAGCCGCCUUGGCGGCCGGAGCUUCUGAAGCGAGCAUGAACGCCGAACCCAAAUGACAGCAGUGGAUCGGAGGCCUUGAAGCCGACGCCAGCGUCUGACUCGGGAGCACGAGGGGAAUAGAACAGCAGAGCCGAACUGCGUUGGUCCACCCUGGUGAUCCGCGGAUUCACGUGGAGGUUCCGGCGAGCCCACCGACGGACGCUAGUAUGCGUUAGUUGAGAGGAGGUUCUGAUGGUUGUGGAACACCCGCUCGCUGGAUCUAACAGGGAGCCCUCCCGUGUGACGUCACGCAACAGCUGACCAUCACCGUGGAGGGCGUGGGAGACUCCCCUCGGGAAUCGCCACAUCAAUUCCCGCAGGCGGUGGGGCCAGACGUAGGCCGGACCAAGGGCCGGGCAGGCGGCGCCAUGGAGCGCUCGGCCAGCAUUCAGCUGGACGUCCCGGACUUCAGCAAUUCGGUGCUGUCCCACCUCAACCAACUACGGGUCCAAGGGCGGCUGUGCGACAUUGUGGUCCAUGUUCAGGGCCAGAGUUUCCGGGCCCACAAGGUUGUCCUGGCUGCCAGUUCGCCCUACUUCCGGGAUCACAUGUCUCUGAGCCAGAUGAGCACCGUGUCGCUGACAGUGAUCCGCAACGCAUCUGUCUUCGAGCAGCUUCUGGGCUUUUGCUACACGGGACGCCUGCGCCUGCAGCUGUGUGACAUCAUCAGCUACCUGACGGCUGCCAGCUUUCUGCAGAUGCAGGAAGUCAUCGAUCGCUGCACACACAUCCUGGAGGGCAUCCACCUUAAGAUCAGCCCGGCUGAUCCGGAUCAUCUGCUGGCCGAGCGAGAGGUGUCAGCGCCGCUGGAUCGCGGCCUGGAGGUGCCCACCCGGGAAGAGGAGGGGCUGCACAGCCCGUUGGCUCAGCGCAGCCCGUCAGCUCAGCGCAGCCCGUCGGCUCAGCGCAGCCCGUCGGCUCAGCGCAGCCCGUCGACUCGACGCCGUGGACAAGCGCUGCUCCACGUUGACAGGGCCGGCCAGUGGUAUGUGGAGACGGCUGGCGAGGCCGACGAUGCCGCCGGCGGACUCUCCAUCAAGACGGAGUGGACGGCGCGGCGGAUUGCGGUGGGGCGCAGCCAGGACGGCUCAGGCCCAAAUGACAAAGGGGGAGGUGCUGGUGCCGAGGCCUUGGGCGUGGCUCGGCCCUCCAGCAGCCUCUGUGACACCGACAGUCCCUCAGGCAGCGUCCUCAUCCCUGCUGAGCGUCAACGAGCCAAAAGCGAAUCUCCGAGCAGAAGCCAAAACCCGCGACACGGCAACUCCCAGGGCGAAGAGGCGGCAGGGUCGUAUGAGGAUUACGCCAGGGACCCGGUGGGAGAGCGCUGGUUCCGCUACAACCCACGACUGACCUGCAUCUACUGCUGCAAGUCGUUCAACCAGAAGGGAAGUCUGGACCGCCACAUGCGUCUUCACAUGGGCAUCACGCCCUUCGUAUGCCGCCUGUGUGGGAAGAAGUACACGCGCAAGGACCAGCUGGAGUACCACAUCCGCAAACACACCGGCAACAAACCCUUCACAUGCCGCCUGUGCAACAAGAGCUUCCCUUUCCAGGCCAUCCUCAACCAGCACCUGCGCAAGAACCAUCCGGGACACGACGCCCAAAGCGCCUCGCCCGAGACCACCACUGCCACGCUCAGCACCAGGGGGGCCUCCCCAGGGCAGGAGGAACCCGAGGGAGGUGGUGUGGUGCCGCCCGCCGAGGGCCCCCACGGGUCCGUCUCCACUACGGGACCUGACUAACCACGGGGUUCCUCCUUGGCGGCGCCGGCAGCCAUGCCAACCACGGGGCCUGACCGACGCAAAGCCCGACUGACGCAGCUCGAGAGGCGCCCCUGGGACACGGUGGCGGGUAGUGGCAGCUUUGGCGCCGGGCACGGAGGCACCGCUCAUACGUCGCGGGUUGUCAAACUCCAUUACGGGACCGGACAGAUGCAAACCUGAAGUCAGCCGACGCACGCAACGCGGCCCGCUCCGCCUGACGCCACGCAGCGUUCCCAAUACCGCACUCACCUCAACGGCCAUACCAUCUCACUUCCUCCUCAUGACCUCACAAAUCACAUCCUUGCCCCCCAACAAUCUAGUGCAGUGGCGCCUGUUAGCUUCAGUGUUAGCACCGGCACUAAUCGCAACCCACGCAACCUCCUUCAGGACCGUCGUUGUCGAGUUGGGGUCUCAAUGUGCCAAAGCUAAGUUCACCUUGGGUAAGCUGAUAUGCUGAGUUACCUCUCAUCACCACCGGGGACGCACCGUGCUCAUCUUCACACUGAGACUUAUGUCCGAGUCCAUUUCCAAUAACUCAAGGACAAACUGCUGUCAAGUGUCUUGUUUUUUUGUGCUAAUCCAAGCCAACUGCUCUGACACCUGGUUAGCUAGUGAGUCACAUGGAGUUGUCUUACAAGGUUUUUUUAGCUGCCCGGGUGACGAAGCUUGUUUAAUUUACUAGCCACGCCGCAGAUGCUAACGGCUUAUCAACGCCAAUGCAGCCAGCGUAUGACGCUGACAAAAUACACCUCCCUUUGUCAUCCUGGCAACCAAAGCAAAGAUGGCCACCGUGCAACUUCAGCACUUAAAAGACAUUUUCAAAGAUGAAGGCUGUUAACUUGGGACUGUAAAAUUCAUGAGGACUUGAAAGCCAAACGAGAGCUGACACCACCAAGCUUUCUGUUGUGUAUUUGGAAAAUGCGUGUUAUUUUCCUCAGCUGCUUUUGUGAGAAGUGACCCCAAAAAGAUUGCUACUUGCAUGCUGAGGUCACCGUUUUCACUCAGACCAAUUUGAGAGUUUGUGAGAAGUUCGGCACUGCAAGUUCGGCAAAGAAAACCAGCGUCGACGAGCAUUGUUUGUUUAGUUUUUUUGCUUGCCGAGCUGGUGACACCAAGAGCCAAAGCACAAUCUAAGCAGCCAAGAUUCAAAAAGCCUAACCUCAGCUCACUACCAACAGAGAAGACCACCACCGCUCCCCCCCUUACGCUGACGAGUAUCCUCAUUUCUCAUUCUCCAAGAGACAAGCGAGCUGGCGAGCAAAGACACAUACGAGACUGGAUUUGCAUACAUAGCACAACGCUAAAGUGGACCAACUUCCCUAGUUCAAGACCACAACACCUCAACCUGUUUGGCCUAGCCAUCUCCUCCUAACACAUUACCUCAAAGGUCAAAGUUCCCGAUCAGGUCUCUGCAUGCACACCCACUCAGUUUCGAGUCUGUUCCGGGUCUGGCCGUAGUUAGCCGUUUGCAUGUCCUCCCCCCUUUGACUCCACCUCCAUCUUUUUUUCUUGUUUUGUUUUUUUCAUUUUGAUUGAUUGACAACUCCACUAAGAAUAUUUCAACAAGCAGGAAGUAAAACGUUUGAUGGAACGGACCCAGAGUCAAACUUCUUUCACGUGCAACAAAAACAAAUUUGACCGACAAUGUCAGUGCAGACAGGUUUUUUUUUUGGGAGGCGGGUCCGUGAAAGGAUUUGACCAAACACAAAUUUUUGGGUGUGCUUUAUUCUCAAGUGAACAUGAAAAACAUACAGUGUUAACAAAUAAAAAACAUGUGUAAAUUUGCUUUUAACUACUGAAUGCUAUGCUUGUGCUCAAUGACAGCUAUAUUCUCAUAAACAAAAAUGGUCAUCUAAAAAUUCACAGCGUUGUUCUAUUAGGAAACCAAAAAACAAAUCAAUCUUUUCUAAACCGUGAUACUCUCUUUAACUGACCUGCAUGAAUACGCAAUUCAACACGAUGCAUGUGAAGGGCGGAGACGCUAAUGAGUCCUUUUCCAGCGUGACGACCGGAGGCAGCAUUCGUAUGCUGUGGUAACCUGUGGUUCUUAACCUGGGUUCGAUCGAACCCUAGGGGUUCGGUGAGUCAGUCUCAGGGGUUCGGCAGAGCCUCCACUAGAGGUCCGAACACACCCGAUUUAUCAUGUACAUUUGUGAUGAUGCAUAUCUGAACUGGUCUCGCAAAAGGCAACAGCAGGAGUCACACUGAUUUGCAGGUGUGUAAUUUGUUGUGAGUUCAUGCCAAAGUCAAAGUCUGCUUUAUUGUCAAUUUCUUCACGUCAAGACACACAGAGAUCGAAAUUACGUUUCCCACUAUCCCAUGGUGACAAGACAUAUUACACAAUAUACAUACAAGUAAACAGCACAAAAAGUAAAAACAAGAAGGCACAAACAAUGAAUAAAUAAGAGCGAAGAAUAAAUAAUAAAUAAACAAAUGACAUAAAUAAAUAAAUAAGAGGAGCAAAAAUGGAGCAAGUGUGCAUACAGCAGACAGUCAGAAUAUAGCGCAAAAGUACAGGACGUUAUGCAGCCGAGGGUGGAGAUAGUUCAGGAUCCUAACAGCCUGAAGUAUGAAGCUGUUGGUGAGUCUGGUGGUGCGGGACCGCAGGCUUCUGUACCUCUUCCCAGAGGGGAGAAGAGCAAACAAAGAGUGAGCGGGGUGACUCACAUCACACACAAUCGUGGUCGCCUUGCGGGUGAGAUGGGAGGUGUAAAUGUCCUUCAGGGAAGGGAGUGAAGCGCCAAUAAUCUUACCAGCUGUGUUCACUAGGUGCUGAAGGGCCUUCAUGUUGUAUUCAGUGCAGCUACCACCCCACACAGCGAUACAACUGGAGAGGACGCGCUCAAUGGUGCCACGGUAGAAUGUGGUCAUGAUGGCCGGAGGAGCACUUGCUCGCCUGAGUUUCCGCAGGAAGUACAGGCGGUACUGAGCUUUCUUCGCCAGUGAUGCAGUGUUGGUGGUCCAGGAGAUGUCCUCACUGAUGUGCACCCCUAGGAAUCUGGUGCUGCUCACUCUCUCCACCACAGCACCGUCGAUGGUCAGUGGCAGGUGUUGGGUGUGACCCUUCCGGAAGUCAACAACAAUCUCCUUGGUCUUGUUGACGUUGAUGCUCUCAAUUAUACAUUUUCCUAUUGUAUGUUUUGCCAGAAUAUGUUUAAAUCGUGUUAUUUUCUUAUGACAGCAUCUUGAUUUAUUGUGUGAUUGGAACCACCUGUAAUGACCUGUUAAGUGGGCGUGUUUGAUAAAAAGCCUUCCUGCAUGCUGCACAGUGGGUCCCUACAAGCUGUAGCCGCAGUAGUCGCAGUGAAUGGUGUGCAAACAGUU